CAAUAGGGUAGUCUUAGCUGCAAGGCUGCGUCACUGGAAAUUGAAGAAAGACUUGCCACCGAUAAUGUCAUUUUCUCACAGUUACCCAUGUAUCUCGGCAACCUGUAAUCGUUCACACUUUGUUCCUGAAGCGGCAGCAUACCUUGAGACCUACUGAUACAUCUCGAAAGUCCUUUGACAUUCUCCUUUGUCGGAACAACGAUUGCUAUGGCCGAGGUCGCUGGUCUUGCGCUCGCCGUGCUGCCUUUGCUGAUCAGCGCUCUGGAGCAUCGCCAAGGCAUAUCAAGACCUCUACGUGCCUUUUUCAAGUUUCGACAGGAACUCUCGACAGCUCUGAUCGACUUGAGAUAUGUAUUUGUCGCGUAUGACCAGAGUGUUCGAUUACUACUCAACACGAGAGUAAGCGGUGAUGAAAUGAGUCGGAUGAUAGCUGACCACCAAGAUCAACUUUGGAUGUCACAGAAUCUGUCUUCUCAGCUGAAGAGGGAUCUUGGAUCCGCAUAUGACGAAUCCAUGCGUCUACUGAAGCGGAUCGAAGCCACCAUGGAGACCAUCGCCGCUGAUCUUGACAUAGGAGGCUCAGACCAAGUCUUACAGCAUGGAUUGCAGACUAUCAUUGCAGCAAACCCUCAGAUUUCCGAUCCGAAAACCCCUUCCAGUCAAAAAUAUCAGCUACGAGGACGUCUCAAGUUUACUCGGAAAAUCGGCAAAGUGACGGAGGGUAUACACCAGCUAGAAGAAUACAAUCGGAAAUUGCAAAGUCUUCUGGACAAUGCGAAGAAAAUUGGCGCCGCUCAGAACCUCGACGAACCUGCCUCGCAGACCUCCAUACAGUUCGUGGCCGAUUUGCAGACCAUACAAGCAAACGUUGCGAGGGUUCACAACGGUCUUAUCGGACGGUGGUGCCUGAAACCGCAAGGUCAUCAGACGGGGCUGCUGCUUGAGCAACGCCUCAGGCGCAGGAGGAGACACCGACAAGGUCCGCUUAAUAGCGUGGGUAUGCAGGACCGUUACGGUGUCUCCAUUCGAAGAUGCGCUGAGAGGAGUUGGUUCGACACUGAAGUCCACGUGUCUUGCGAUGUCGAUACGGCGACCAGUUACCCCAACAUCACCAUCGCUCCCCCCGAACCAUCAACUUCUGCACAGAGAUCCUCGAGUGUCGUGAGCGAGGUGAGGGAUAUUUGCAUGGCUAUCCAGAGUGCGGUCUACCCGAAGUCCGGAUUCAGCCUAAAUAAAACCAACGUCCUUUACGGGUUCCAUCACCUGGAAACCCGUUCCUACUUUCUCGCGAAUAGUGCCGUCACAUUGAACGGAUAUCUUCCCGUUAUCAAGAGGAAAGAGCACUCGAUUCCAGACUUGUACUGCCUUGCAAUCACUCUUGCAGCUUCGGUGCUUCAGUUAAGCGAAACGCCUUGGUUAGUCAAGCCAUGGAACAGGAAUAAGAUUUUCUUCAUACGCCAGAAAGACAGAGAUCAGAUAUCCGUGGAUAUAAAGCAUCCUUAUCUAAUCUAUCAGUAUGAUGAGGUUUCUUCACCGCCCGAUUGCAGAACGGUUUCGGUCUCUCCAGGCCAACAGAACAUGCUCGAACUAGCCGUCAUGCUUCUGGAAUUGCAUAGCGGUAUACCCAUUGAAACUUUGACAAAAGAUGAAGAGCUCGGACGAGAUGGUGCACGCAACGAGUUUACAAAGUUUUUGACGGCGAGCAGAGUUCUCCGUCAGCAAGUGGACGAUGGUCAAAUAUCAUUUGGGUUUAUGACUGCCAUUCAACACUGUCUCAACUGUUGGAACGAUCCCCGUCCGUCCUUUGAUGGUGACUCAGACUUUGUUCAGUCAAUACAAGAACAUGUAUUGGCACCACUAGAGGGAGAGAUGAUGAGGUUCAUGUACGGUUGAGGAAAUCAAUAAGAGCUGCGACAAUCCCAAUCUCCACCUCAUCAUCGUUUCGGAAAGGAUCGCUCGUUCAAGUCUCUGUCACGUCGAUGUAACGGAGAAAUCUCGAGAAAUAUAUAUCAGUGGAAAUCACCGGACAGUCAGACCCGUGAUGAGGAGUAGAAGUCAACGGAAGAUGGGAAGGGUCACAGAAGGGAAU